CGAGACGGAAGUGAGUCGUCUCGUGCCGCGGAGGCUUUACGUGUCGCUGGCGCCGAUGGCGGUGGGGCUGGUGGAGGGUCGCACCGAGGAGGGAGAGAGAGGAGGCGUGGAACCGGGGAGACGGAGAGAGGAGGCCCCGGCGGUACCGAGCACCGACAAACAGACAGUAAUCACAGCGACAACCAGAGCAGCGAGACCCGCAGACUGACACGGAGGAGCGCGGACAGAUGGACACAGCGUCCAGGACCUCCUGUUUGCCGUCAUCUCGUCACACUCCACCAGCCAUUACUCUACCACAGCUGUAGUGCUGCUAGUAUUUAGCUGCAGUAGUCAGUGCUAGUACCUGUGUUUGCCUGCAGAGGUGUGCUGUUUUAUUUGGCUGCAGCCUCAGAGUACAGCAGCCUUCAAGAGACUUUCAGUUCCAUGUCAGUGCAGUUUGGUGCUAACAAACCUGGGACCUUAGCUUGUUGCUUUGCAGGGAUUUCUGGGGAGGGCCCUGAAUCAUUCCUUCCUUUGAUACAGUCCUGCUAGUGAUGAACUCAGUAGCUGGUUGUCAGAAAGAUGAGUGAACCUGCUAAGCUAGCAGCUGCUUCACUGUGAAAUCCUGUCAGCUGCAGAACAAACACAGCAACAUUCAGCUCGUCUGAAAAUGUAGAUUAGCUUCACUUUGGAGCUACUUUCACUUAGCAGCUAACAGCUGGCGCAGAGAACCGAAGGCCGCCCUUCUCCAGAAUAAAGUUCAGUGAGAAAAUAAAUAACCUAAAAAUGUAGUUCCCAGCAGGAUCACGUGUUCAGCAGCUAACGGCUAGUUAGCGGCUAGCAGCUAUUGGUGAGCAGGUAGCAGUGGCUUGGGGCUAAGUCCGGACAGAGCAGGGGUGCGAUGGAGUACCACUCCGGUGGCAGCCUGCCCCUGCUGGGGAGACCGCGGUACUGCCCUGGGGCCAACGCUAACGCAGGCUACCUGUGUGAGACGGGCCACUGCUGUGGAGAGACCGGCUGCUGCACCUACUACUACGAACUCUGGUGGUUCUGGCUGCUGUGGACCGUCCUCAUCCUGUUCAGCUGCUGCUGUGCCUACCGACACCGGCGAGCCAAGCUGAGAGUCCAGCAGCAGCAGAGGCAGAGAGAGAUCAGCCUGCUGGCCUACCAUGGCGCCAGCUCCUACCCCUCCUCCAUGCUGGACCUCAGUUUCCUGGCGUCUCUGAAGUUGCCGUCAUAUGAGGAGGUGGCAGCUCAGCCCUCCACCCCUCCUCCUCCCUACAGCUCUGUGUUCACCACUCCACGAUACCCGCAGCCCCCCCGCACUGCCGACCCCCAUCUGCUCACGCAGCAUGACCCACUGCUGCACCGGCCACUCAGCGACGGUCCCUCCUCCCUCAGCUCUGACAACAGCUCCAGUUGUUCCUGUGACUCCUGCUGCCCAUCGUCUCCAUGUAGCUCCUCCCUAUCAGCACCCAUCACCUAUGAGACUGACACAAGCCACGCCUCCACACCGAGUGAGGCCACACCCCUAGCUCUUGAUCUCACCGUGGAGACCAUCGGUUCUGCGACAACCUGCUUGGAGGUAAAUGAGACACGUUUGGCUUCUGAGCUGAGGGUCGCCUCAGUUGCCGAUGCAGAUGCUGGCGGCGCACAGGAACCCGUUGCCAUGAGCUCGGUUCCAAACCAGACUGUUACUGUUGCGGUUGUGACCAGGGUGGCCUCCCCUCAGCCUCUGCCUUCUCCUGGUGCUGAUGUGACUCUUGGAACUCCAUCUCCCAUAAAGCAACAACUUGACCUAGCAAUGUGUACACCAAUAGUCAGCACCUGUAGCCUGAGUCCCCUCCUUAGUCCAAAAGUUGUUGAUACAGCACUCCCCUCCAUCCAAAUAAUAAGCAUUGAGGGCCCCGAAACUUACCCAACUCCAAAAAUCACCUCAGUGUCAGGCCCUUCUACCCCAACAACCAGCACUUCUGACAGCUCUACAGCAACACAACCCCUCGAAACCCUCUAUUUAACAAAGAAUGUCGAUACAGCCAAUACUCCUAGUAGCCCAGUGUCAGUACUGCCCCCAGAUGUUAGAAGAACUCUAGCCCUGACAAAAGGCUCUGCUGGUCUCACAACCUCAGAUGCAAAUCCAAGCCUUGUGCCAAUUCCAGCACCUUCAGAACUUACACAAACUCCAGUCCCAGGACCUGCAAACGUUUUCCAAGCUGCAGACACUGUACCUCCAAGUUUUACUCAAGAUCUAGUGCAAGAAACAGAACCCACAAUCCGUACCCCUUUAUCAGGUCCAGUACUUGCAGACGUUACUGUAGUGCUAGACCCACAGCCUGAAACCACCCUUGUCCAAGAUUCCACACUCAGCCUCACUCUGACCCCAAAUCCUGCUUAUUCAAAUCUUACUGUAGCUACAGAUGCAGAAUUCGCUUCACCUACAUCAACCCAAUGCCAGAGCCCAGAAAUUUCACCUGGAUUAGCUCUAGUCCUGGUUCCUCCUAGUCCAAGGUCAGGCAUGGCUCAAUACCCAGGGGCUGAUGCUGUUCUCAUAUCUCAUGUUGAUCCAGCAGCAGGACCAGUCAGUCGCUGUGCUUCUCUGGUCCCACCUCAACCAUCAGGGCCAUGUCUUACCAGUCCAUUGCCUUCAGGUGACCAGACUUCAUUUAGUUCUGGUGCUGGACCUGGAUCAUGCUUUCUUGUUGAUUUUAAAUCAGAUCCAGUGUCCGCUCCUGCUCCAGCACUCACCUUCCCAACACCUGAGACCUCAGCUUCUUCCUGCCCAGCCAUAACUGUAGAGUUUGAAUCGUCUCUUGCUCCUCUUCCUCAGUCGCCCUCUUCAGCCCUCUCCACAUCUUCACCCCCAUGCCUUCCCACUCCUCAUUCCCUCCCCUCCCUUCAAACCAUGCCAUCCACCUCCUUUCCAGCCCCAGCUUUACUCCUGGACCCCCUCACUGCUCUGCACCAGUCUGACAAAGGUGGGUCUUCUUCUGGCCACGCUUCCUCACUCUCCCCCUCACCUCGUGCCACUCAGUCGCCCCCAAAACAGACUCUCUUCUCCCCUUGCGUGGAUGUCUUUGUACCAGGACCCCCUAACUGGGAGGAUGGAGAAGAGGAUCAGGAGGAGGAUAAUGACGAUGAUGAAGAUGAGGACGUGGGAGCCGACGAGAGCCAGUAUAGGCCCCGUCGGCUGACUGGUGACUCUGGGAUUGAGGUGUGCAGGUGCCGGGUGGAAGAGGAGGAUGAAGAGGAGGAGGGGGAAAGGAAGGAAGACCGUAUGAGAGGAGGAGGAAAGAGGGAUAAAAAAGGAGGUGGAAACACUGAUCUCCAUGACAGCGUGGACUGCCCUGCCAGAGGUCAGAUAACCACAGGCGAAGGUCUUACACUGUGUAACCCCACCUCCACCACCACGCCGACGUCCGAGGACAGUGGCAAAGCCGUUACUGUCGUGGAGACAGUGUGACUGCCAGACAUGUACGAACAAACCAU